AUGAUACGCCGCCGUGUCCUCGAGGCUGUCAGCUUCUUUGCUUCUGCUCCUCCUCCGGUUCUGCGACAAUACAGCGCAUUGCGGCUUUCCUCACUCUAUAGAUUUUUCAGCAUGGCCUCGAGUGCUUCGCGAUUCCAAUUAUGGCACCCAUCGAGAGGCAUCUCGUUUUCAACCGGUGCCUCAACGUCAUCGAGCAAUGUAUACGGGCCGCGCCGCCUGAGCCAUUCUGCGCCGGCCCUUGUGGAUCACGGCACAGCUGCGCCAAACACGCCGAACAAGGCGGGUAAGCUUUCGAACGACGCGAGCAACGAAUCGCCGGAACAGAAGGAUCCUCUUUACCCUGAGCUGCCGGCGGCUGCGGACACUUCGCUAAGAAAUGGCGACCAAGGGGAGGCUGCGACUACCCCGAACGCGGGAUCGGACAAGAAGGCAGAGAAGAGAAUAUCAAACGACCCGCCGUACCCUGCCCUGGAGUACGCCGUGUCCGAGGAUCUGUUUCGCGCCGCCAAGGAAGCGGAACCGGGGACACCAGAGUCUUUCUGGUCUUACGCUCUGUAUCGGGGACCGAAUGAAGAUGGCGUCGCUCAAAAGCCCAAGGUGCACUAUUGCAGGAGCAAGCAUACCACUGAGCGUGUUUGCCAGCAGUAUUUCAUGAAUGAGAAGGUCCUGGGCUUCGACCUUGAGUGGUUCGCUGACGCUCCUCGUUCGGCGGGCCCAAGGAAAAACGUAUCUCUGAUCCAACUGGCGAGUCCUAGUCGUAUAGCGCUGUUUCAUGUGGCGCUUUUUUCCAAGGACGAUGACUUUGCUGCUCCCUCGUUCAAAAAGAUUAUGGAAGAUCCUGAGAUCACGAAAGUCGGCGUCUGGAUCAAAGGCGACGCUACCAGGCUAAGGACUCACCUGGGCAUCGAUUCGAAAGGCUUGAUGGAACUCAGCCAUCUAUACAAGCUGGUCACCUACUCUAGAACUGGGCAAUUUAGCUCUAUAAACAAGCGGUUGAUGCCCUUGUCUCAGCAAGUCGAAGAGUAUCUCCAUCUACCAAUGUUCAAGGGGCAGGAUGUUCGGUCUAGUGACUGGACCAAACCGCUCCAUAUGAAUCAGGUCAUUUAUUCCGCCUCGGAUGCCUAUGCUGGAGUACACUUAUAUGCUACUCUGGAGCAUCACAGGAAACAACUUGAACCGUGUCCCCCCAGGCCGCACCACGCCGAGUUGAACCUCCCGAUUCGUCUUGCGGACGGCCUGGAUUUGGAAACAGAUUCAGAAGCCGAAGCUUCGGAGCCACGUCCCGAGGAGGAAGAGGGUACUACUUCGAUACUGAGUCCCGCGGCGCGAAGGCGCCAGCUGAAAGCAUACCUCAGAUCAGCCAAAGAGAGCAUCGCCAGCGUGGCGAAAACCAUCUCCCAGGCCGAAAAAAUCUUGGAUCUUGCCGUUCCCAAAGACCCUCGCGUUGAAGCUGCAGACGCUUGGGUGGCUGCCUUCAAGCUUGAAAACCAGCCUGCGGAUGUGGACACCAAGAAGACCGGCACGCAUGCUUCCAGUUAUGAGCUAAGGGCGUAUCACUUAUGGCAUGCCAACAAGGACAUGUCGAUUCAACAAGUUGCACAGCUCCUUCGUAAUCCCCCGUUGAAAACAACCACGGUGGCCAACUAUGUUUGGCGCGCGGUGCAAAGGGAGAGACUGCCGGUUCAGCGGCUUCGGUACGAAAGAGAGGUUGUCCAGUUGCUCCCUAAAUCAAAUCAGGGUUACGCUCGGAGGGCGAUUUGA